GCCAACAGGACAAUAUUUUUUUAUUUCGUUCUUUUUAUAAAAAAGAACAAAAAGGAAAACAAGAAAUAGAAAAGAAAAAGAAAAAGAACAAAUGAAAAUAAAGGAAAAUGAAAUAAAACAAAAAACAAAAGGACAAAAAGAAAAUAUCCAAACCAAGCAAUCAGACAAAUGACGAGAGAAACCACAGGCGCAUGGGCUUAAAUCUGACCUUACUUCCGACGAAAAGGCAACCCCUCUCAUCGUUUCCCGGUUCCUUUUUCAAUACUUCAAAGGUAGAUAGAACAUGCUGGGUACCUUCAUCCCUGAUUCAUACUCCUUCAUCUUCUUUCUCCGGGAAUCUUUGAAAUACUUUUCUCUUUGGCGGUUCUUGUCUUGACUCGUUAUUCAUGGCCCAUCCUUACUACUCCCCAGAGGGGCUUGCCUUUGAGCAUCAGCACAAGCCAGAUGGUCUUCCAAUGGUGCAUCCCAUGCGGGAUGGGAGCCAGCCGGAUAUACUGGACAGGAGCGUCGACUGCGUCAGUCCGUCGCAGGAGUUGGAUGGGAAGACUCGAAACUCGACCAGACGUCGUAUACAAGUUGCUUGCAAUCGUUGUCGCAAAAGAAAGAUCAAGUGCAGCGGUGAUGCCGGUGAUGGCCAAGGCUGCACUAACUGCCGUAUGUCAGGAAAUUACAAUUGUCAGUUCUUACGGGUUAAUUCAUCAGCAUUGCAGACCAAGACCAGCGGAUGGCCGUAUCCCAUCAUGGGUCCUGCCGUGUCUCCGGCUCAGAGAUAUGGCGUGUGUCAGCCGGUGGUACAUCUGGGAUCGCGGACUGCUUCGUAUGCACGGCCAUCGGGCUAUGAUCUGGGAUCGGUCGACUCUCAGCAACAGUUCAGUCGAGCGUCAUUCACCGAUCCGUUGGCAGGAUACGAUAUCGGUUCCUCUGCGUACCACCCCCAAGCCCCGACCUACAUGGUUCCUGGUACCCCCCAAGGCGACUUGGCUGAUUUCUGUGGUUUCUCAUGGGCGUCGAAGACAUGGAGUCCGAGCCUCCACGCUAGCCGGGGAGCUAACGGGACGGUAUAUCCGGACCAAGAAUCGGAGAACUUGGCGCCGACUGCCUAUCCAUAUAUAUUUUCUGGACCGGGGUCAGUGGAUCUGCCACCAGCGGCACAAGUAAUACCGUCGAUGCCUUCUGAAAGUCAGGGGGUGGACCGAACUCUCCCGAGCCCUACCAGCCGAAAUUCAUUGCAGAUGGGUCUGCCGGCUUCGACCGCAUCUCCCGAGCCAAUGAUGGGCAUGACGCACGCAUCGGACUACAGAACAAACGCCUGGACUACGAAAUGUCUCAAUUCAAACCGCACCCGCACGCCGCUCCUACCGACGAACGAAGGAGCCUUCACCACCAGUCCUGUCCGAACGAAGCCGAUCCCCUCCACAGCACAGGACAUGGGCCUUGGAUUCGUGCCGACUUCGUCGCCUCUGAUUUCCGCAGGCGGGCAAUUUGCACCGCUCGACUCGGUAGACCCGGGGGAUGAGCUGCGCAGGAACGGCCACGGGCGAUUAGCGCGAACCUUCUCGCACGACGCACAGCGCCUCUUUCCCACGGAGUCCGGCUCCGACCUGUACGGCUAUAGCAGCAGCGAGAAGCGGCACCGCUCCACGUCGGGGGAUUCAAGCUCCGUGGCGACCCUGAUCAACGGAUUUCCCUACACGCGGCCCAAGCACUCGGGGCCGCAGCCGGGCGAGCCAUACAUCCCGGUCACGCUGGACACGGCGCCCGACUGCCGAACGCCAUCUGGCCUCCCUCGAGCAUCGAUGUCGGCGUUGAGCAGCCCCGAUGGCUUUUGAUCGACGUGUACAAUAUACGAAGUGGUGGUCACGUCGGGAAUGUGAGACACCGUGGACCGCCGGCGCUUGUUGUGGGGGAUUGAA